GCGUGGACGCCGUAUCUGUAUCUAUCGGUUUCAUCGCCGGAGGAGGGAGAAUACGCUCCAAUAUAUUGAUUCGCGUCAUCCAUCCAUUCAGUCCACAAGUGACAACGACGAACGGGCAAGAUCUUUGUCCCAUCCAAGCACACACCAGCGACUCCUGAAAACAUAGCGAUGGGCAUCAAAGGCCUGACGAAGCUCCUAUCUGACUACGCCCCCGGCUGCAUGCGCGAGCAAAAGUUCGAGGGCUAUUUGGACCGCAAGGUUGCUAUCGACGCUUCGAUGCACAUCUACCAGUUCAUGAUGGUCGUCGGACGAAGCGGUGAGCAACAGUUGACGAAUGAAGCUGGUGAAGUGACGAGUCAUCUGCAGGGCAUGUUCACGCGAACCCUCCGCAUGUUGAAGGCUGGAAUCAAGCCCGUGUAUGUGUUCGAUGGAAAGCCUCCGACCAUGAAAGGUGGCGAACUUGCCAAACGAAAAGAUAAGCGAGAGGCGGCCGAGUCGGCACUCGAAAAAGCAAAGGAAGCCGGUGACCAGGAGGAGAUCGAGAAGUUGAGCAAACGAACCGUUCGCGUAUCCAAAGUGCACUCCGAGGAGGUUAUGAAGCUGGCACGGUUUUUAGGUCUGCCUGUUUUCGAGGCGCCGUGCGAGGCUGAGGCGACUUGCGCUGCACUAUGCAAAGCUGGUUUGGUCUACGCGGCUGCGUCUGAAGAUAUGGAUACUCUGUGCUUUUCGACGCCAAAGCUGGCUCGCAACCUGAUGGCGCCUUCCUCUCAGGAGAAGCCGAUCCUCGAAUUCGACUUUGAUAAAUUGCUGGCCGGCCUGGAACUAACUUGGGACCAGUUUAUCGACGUUUGCAUUCUCUGCGGAUGCGACUAUUGCGAUAGCAUCAAGGGUAUCGGGCCCGUCAAUGCGCUGAAGUACAUCAAACAGUACGGCAACAUCGAGGGUCUGCUCGAGCACCUCGACAAGGAGAAAUAUCCGGUCCCUGAUGACUGGCCUUACAAGGAAGCUCGAGUUCUAUUCAAAAACCCUGAAGUCGUGCAAACUGAUGGACUGACCUUGAAAUGGACUGCGCCAGACGAGGAGGCUGUUGUAGCAUUCCUGUGUGGUGAAAAGUCCUUUAACGAGGACAGGAUCAGAAAGCAGCUUGCAGAUCUCAAGAAGGCAAGAAGCCAGGGCGGCCAGAACCGUUUGGAGACGUUUUUCGGCGCCGCUACCGUGAAGUCGUCUACGGUUGGCAAGCGAAAGGAACCGGAAAAAGGCAAAGGCAAAUUUGGGGCAGCUGGCGGAAAGAAAAGCAAGGGGGUUACGAAGAGAAAAUUUUGAACGUGGACAGGCACAUGAAAUACGGGAAAGAAGCGUUUUGAAUGAAUAGACGUACGUUACUC